AUGGGUUACCGACCCAAUCAGUGCCUUAGGGUCCUGCGAUGUAUACUCUGCUUGGUCGACAACGAGGACCCUAAUAACACACGGACCCGACGUACGAGCGCCACUGGAUCCACAUUUCGGCCGCCACGGCUCCGCGUCACCACAACGGAUGUCGUGCCAGUACACCGUCCUGCCGCCUAUACGGCGGUGCUGGCUGCUGCCGAUCGCGCGACCAUGCAGGCACCGCGGCUUCUGCCAUUCGCCGUGCACUCGACAGGUCAUGCGUCCCCUUCGCUGACACAUCCGGAACCACGGAUCUUACCGUUCGUCCGUCCCUUCCAAAUGCAUCUUGCCUGCAGCGGCUCUAGUGUGUAUGGCAGCCCACCACCACACACGCAUACCUGCGGGUGGCUGCUGUCCACUCCUUCUGGAUCCAAGUCGUACGGGGUCAGUAACCCGGUAGGACUUGCAUCCAGAAGGCGUGCACAGCAGCCAUUCGCAGGGCUGCAGAACAACACCGGGACAUGGCUGCACGAGCUGCUGCCCAUCAAGACCCGGACUACAGGGCUGCGGAGCAGCAACAGAACAUCACUGCACAAGCUGCUGCCCGUCAAAACCCGGCUCGGCGGCACCGUAUUCAUGCUGCAGAAACAGCAGCGGCAAGACAACAGCCCAUCUGGCCAGCAGCUUACCCGCUUCACAACCAUGUUCGGCGGCAUUCAACCCACUGAAGCACGUGUUGCAGAUCUAGUAGACGCACUCAACCAACGCGUCAUCACGGAUUUGUCCGAUCUCACAGACCUCGAACCCCGUGUCGUGCUGCAACGGAACGAACCCAGGCACGCGCUCAACACACGCCUCCUGAUGCUCCAGGCGCGCCGCAAAGGAGCGCGUUUGGUCAGCUGGAACGCGGACCACGUCCCGGUUAGGCAACAUGGUGCAACCCAACAACAGCCACUCUCCCACAUCGAAAAGGCUGUCGCAAUGCGAGUAAAAGACGCCACCUUCGACCACACCACCGCCGACACUUGGUACUACGAGGGUGCACGCUACACCCUACUCGACACCACUGCUGCCGACACCGGCGCGUGCCACAACAAUGAAGUCGAGGCGUGUGGCCUGCUUACCGACAGCCGUGAACCGCCCGACGACGGCCGCGGCCCGUACUGGCGCCUCCACUACCUACCUGCAGCUGUCUUGGUCCGUCCCAUUAAAGGGCACGCGCCCAAAGCGAUACUAGCAGACUUAGCGGACUUCGCAACCAAAGGUGCUGCCUUCGCCAUCGUACCACGGCCCUCACCGGCAGCAAACAUCACCGUGCCAGCCGCCAACACCGGCACCACCACCAAAAAUGUACGUCGAGUCAAUGUACCACUUGGUGACUACUACGCCGUCACCGACUACUUCGUACAGGGCCGUAGCUUCAAGGAAGAAUGCUGGGUCGCGGACCUUUCCGUCCCGCCCGGUGGCCUCAAGCAUGCAACCAUGUACGUGUUGCUCACCCGCUACAAGACACUCGACCACAUCCGCCUCCUCCGCCCGCUCUCUACCACACCCGACGAACGAACACGAGUCGUCAAACAGUUCAUGGCAGCAACCAAGCUGGACCCCGACCUGGCGGCCGAACUCCGCCUCCUCGAUCGCCGUGCAACCGAAACCCGUGAACGCUAUACGACCGAGUACAAACACGCCAGAAACCUAGAGGAACGUUGGACCUCCGCAGCCAACACUACCUGA